AUGCCACCCUUAAUACUACCGCUACUGUCCUGCUACGUGGCUGUCCUGCGUUUGGUCGCACCCGCAGUUGCGCAACAACCGUUGCCCUACAAUCCCACCCGGGUCGCUCUGACACAAGAUGGCACUGUCGCGUACAUCUUGUCUCCCCAGCCCUCCUCGUCGCAGUUCUCCCUAUCCUUCCUCAAUACGUCGAACAGAGUCAACUCUGCGUCCCCAGCGACGCAACUCUUCGAUGCUCUACCGUUUCUAUCAAGUACCGCUUCCGACGCAUUCGUGGCCGUUUCGGAUAAUGAGGGUAUAACGGUGCUGGCGGGGGAUUGCAAGGCUUCUGCAAGAGAUCUUGGACUGUGGAGAUAUACCUUCGACAGCGAUCCCAGGAACGGGACAUGGUCUUCCCUGACCGUCACUACCACCGAUGGGACGUUGAGCCCUCAAUAUCUCUCGGCUGGCUUCACAUUUUCUCCCAAUGCGUCCACUCAGGAUGCCUCAUUGUACAUUUUUGGAGGGAUGUGUCCAGAUGACGGGUCGUCGAACGCGACCGACUGGAUAUCGGACGCCAGCUAUUCAAACACAAUACUUACAAUCACCCCCGAUCCGGCGGCUAGCCACAACGCCCCUUACCAGUUGUCAUUGACUGGAUCCCGAGCGCCGCCGAUUGCAGAAGCGGGUCUGACCAUAACACCUGUGACGCCAGCUUUUUCCAAUGUUUCAGGCGUGGGCCUCUCUCAACAGCAGAACUUUGUCCUUCUGGGCGGCCACACUCAAGAUGCCUUUAUCAACAUGUCUCAGAUCGCUAUAUUCUCUCUACCCCAAGAAUCCUGGGCGUUCGUGGAAGUCGCGCAAACGGCAGACACGGUUGAGCCACGGUCUGGCCACACCGCAAUCCUGACGGAGGAUGCCUCGAAAAUUGUGGUGCUUGGCGGCUGGGUAGGAGAUACAAAUACACCGGCCCAACCCCAACUGGUGGUUCUCGAACUUGGUCAGGGAUAUGGAGGGCAGGGAGAUUGGGCGUGGAGUGUGCCUACGCCUUCCUCCUCGCCAUUCACUUCCGCCAAGGGUAUAUAUGGACAUGGAGUGGCUAUGCUCCCCGGUGGGGUCAUGAUGGUCUCCGGAGGAUAUCCGAUCAGCUCGUCUACUCCAAACAGCAGAAGGGACCUGGUAGACAAUACUCUAUUCUUGAAUACGACCACGUUUGAAUGGACGACUACUUACGGCAACCCAUCCUCUGCAGCCUCAUCUUCCGAACCGGCAAGUGCCCAGUCCUCGAAAUCCGGGCUUAAACCCUCAGAAAAGGCAGGCUUGGGUGCGGGCCUCGGCCUGGGGCUUGUAGCAAUUGCAGUGGUGGUGGUUGUUUGGCUCAUGUAUUCGAGAAAGCUGAGAGCAAGGCGCGCGUUGCGUGAGAAGGAACUCCGAGAACUGGCUUUGGGAGCUGAACGUUUACACUCACCUGUUCCCUCAGAGGAGGACCAUCGCAGGUAUCCAGCGAUGCGGAGCGCAAGCUGGGCUGCAACUCUGGAACACAAGAUUGAGAGCCCAAGCGAUCCGUACCCUUGGGCACCUUUGUCUGCGCCUGAUCCCCAAGGUCAUCGAGUUCAGGCCUCAGAGAACGGGCAGGGCAACAGCUCACGAUAUGCUGAACGCACCGGGGUCCAAAUGGAGGUCCCAAGUCCGACCAGGGGAUUGAGAAAGAACUUGAACAGCACUAGAGGCGCCAUGUACCAGCCUUUCAACCAGCACCCGCCCACAGGCCCAGGAGCGGUCUUCCGUAUAGAGGAGGAGGAUGAGAGUAGUCAAAACGGUUCUGUUAAGCGGACAAAAACGCCCAGAGCCGCCGACGAUACCAGGUCAGCCCUGGGUGAUCCGUUCAGAGAUCCUCCCGCCAUUACAGAUGGUGCUCACCAGGACCAUGCGGCAGCAGUGCGCAAGAAGGAGGUGGAAGGGUGGGUCGAAGAUUGGCAGUCGGUAGCCGAAACCAUGAGUGUGUCGAGGAGCACAAGCCACGCGCACAGCAGGACAUACUCAAACCUUUCGCAAUUCCGCAACCAGCCGGCGGUUGGAGAAGCGACGGGACGCGGUUCACCGGACAAGUCGGACAGGACUGGCAGCAAUCUCUCUGAAAAGAGUAUGAUGAGCACCUCUUCAUACGGGAGAUCCUUGACUACGGUAUCCCGGAAUGCCUCUCAAAGGAGCGCCAGUGUAGGAUAUGGUCUCUUCUCGGGGCCGGCCGCAGCCAUGGGUCGUCUCGGCUAUGGGAGGCAGGGCACUCUUCAGCAAGGCAACGGGGCCGGUCUUACACGGGCCCCCUCAAACCGCAGUGUAUCGCUCAACAUUGAUCCUUUGCGACCGACCAGCUCGCGGGAUGGCCCCGAAACGUUCUCGUCUGCCCGCAGCAGAUGGGGCGCAGCUGCGGCAGGAGAGGAUCAAGCACUCCUCAACCGGAAUCAUCAGAGGCAUCAGGAUGACGAGCGCGACUACCGAACGCUUCCCGACAGUCCCGGCAAAGACAAGUACUCACGAGCUGGUAGCUUGACCAGUUCCAGCCGACGAGCAUUGAAUCUUUUGGGCAGCGUGAGGCGGGUCUUUACGGGAACUGGAGGUGUCGAUGUGCACGACCGAGUGGCGGCCUUUGAAGCGAAUAGCAAUCAGUCCAGUCCGACGAAACUCUCCGGCCAACCCGAAAUGAUGGAGUCGACCCCAGGGACGUCGUCCUUCUGGCGUAGCAAACAGGGCGCCAAAGACUGGGAAGACGACAUGGCGGGCCCCAGUCAUAAUGGUACCUCAUCGACCCUCCGCAGAAAGCCAGUGCCUGGAAUGGCGUUCAACGAUAACCACGACACCUUGGAGGACGACGAGGACUGGGACGUGGAGACGGCCGUGCAGAAACGCGUCGUUCAAGUCAUGUUCACGGUUCCCAAGGAGAAGCUGCGGGUGGUCAAUGCCGAUGCGCUGAGUUUGCUGAGCAGUAAUCGCAGCGAAAUUGACCAGGACGAAGAGAAAGAGCGAGAGCAUAUGAAGAGGAUGAGCAGCGUCAGGGAAGGUGACGAGGACAGCAGUCAUGAUCAACGUCCUUAUGACGAGACCAUGAGAGGCAAAGGAAAGGAGCGAGCACCUUGA